AUGUUCAAUUGUAACCUAGCCAAGAUGCUCUCGGUCAUCAGUCCUCUCUUUCUAUCCACCCUGGUGGCAGGCCACGGCCAUGUCACUAACAUCGUCAUCAACGGCGUUUCUUAUAAUGGAUGGGACAUCGGUGUGUAUCCGUACGAGGCCGACCCUCCUACUGUAGUGGCAUGGGGAACACCAAACACUGGAAAUGGUUUCAUUUCACCGGAUGACUAUGGGAACCCGAAUAUUAUCUGCCAUGAGAACGCAACCAAUGCCAAGGGAUAUGCGGCAGUGACCGCGGGAGAUAAAGUCAACCUCCAGUGGACGGCAUGGCCUGAUUCUCACCAUGGACCAGUGAUAACCUAUCUUGCCAACUGCGGUGAUUCCUGCGAAACUGUUGACAAGACGACACUUGAGUUCUUCAAGAUUGAUGGUGUAGGCCUUGUAUCUAACUCAGCUGUGCCUGGGACUUGGGCUGAUGAUCAGCUGAUUGUCAACAAUAACAGUUGGCUGGUUGAGAUUCCUCCCACUCUUGCACCAGGAUAUUAUGUUUUGCGGCACGAAAUUAUCGCUCUUCACAGUGCUGAAUCUGCCGAUGGCGCUCAGAACUAUCCCCAGUGCUUCAACCUUCAAGUGACUGGUUCCGGAACGGCCUCCCCAGCCGGUGUGUUGGGUACAAAGCUAUAUACAGAAAAAGAGGCGGGCAUCCUGGUGAACAUCUACACUUCACUCUCAACAUACGUUGUACCUGGGCCAACCCUCUACAGCGGUGCUGUCUCUGUCACCCAGUCGAGCUCGAGUGUUACUGCGACUGGAACGCCUACGACAGGAAUGGAUGGCACAAGUGCUAGCACUGAGUCGUCUGCUGAAGCAAGCACUUUAGCAAGUGUAGUAUCCACCUCAAGCUCAGCUGCCAUCGCCAUUCAGGAAACGACUAUGGCUACUACCGUGAAAGUCGUCAGUACCACUAGCACCAUCGCCCCUACUGUCAAUACCGCAAGUAUUACCAGCACUCCUCUGGUCACCACUGCCGUACCUUCCGACUCCUCAGCGCAGUCACUCUACGGGCAAUGCGGAGGAAUUAAUUGGACUGGCACCACUGCCUGCACCACACAGGCGACCUGCUCCUCGGUGAAUCCGUAUUACUACCAAUGUGUUGUAACUGCUGUCUAG